AUGACCGCCCAGCAUGCCCCACCGCCGUCUUCAUCAACGGCGAACGACACUAACGUUUUCAGCAUCUCGGACGCGCAUCUCGCGCAACGCUAUCAGUUCAUACGCGAGAUUGGUGCAGGGAACUGGGGAUGCGUCUGGCUUUGCUCACCCAAGACUGAUGAGCCUCGCGCGCAGGCGCUCAGCGAUGACACUGCUCGACGCGUCGCUGUUAAGCUCGUCUUUAGAGAGAAGAAGCCCAACACCGCGCAGCGUGUACGAUCAUUAUGGAACGAAAUGAAGAUUGUUCGAGCGCUCAAGCAGGACCCUCACCAGUCCAUUAUUCCCUUCCACUCGUUUAUCAUCACACCUUCAUUUGCUAUCAUCACAAUGGAAUACCUUCCAUAUCUCAUUCCGGUUGAGGUUCCUGAGUAUAGAGCCCGAGCUUGGUUCCGCAGCCUGCUGUCAGCUGUUCAUUUCCUGCAUUGCAGGGGUGUUGUACAUAAUGACAUAAAGCCAGCGAACAUUCUCUUGUCAACAAGGAAGGUUCCAAAAUUCGUUGAUUUUGGAUUUGCGGAAAAGUACGAACUUGGCUCGAAGCGCGCUUUCUUGAGCAACUUGGCAUAUGGCACCCCCGAGUAUUUGUCCCCGGAACGAGCUCGUGGAAAGACCCAUGACACGCGAAAAUCGGACAUUUGGUCACUCGGCAUCACCUUUUUCGAGAUUUUGGUUGGCCGGACACCGUUCGAGUAUGUGGAAGGCGAAAAGUUCACAACUCCUGAGGAUCUUGAACGUUAUUGGGCUCGCACUGUCAAAGGAAAGUGGGUGGGCACUUGGAAGAUGUCUAGCGGAGCAGAACGUAUGCUUCGCAAGAUGAUCUGUCCGAGUACCGAAGAGCGAUGUACUGCUUCGGAUGCUAUGACCGACCCGUACUGGAUGGAAGAGAUUGAUGCAGACGGGAUGAGCGUGAACUCCUCGCUGAUGAUGAUGUCUACUCCGGCUCCCGGCAAGACGCCGACCAGAGUAAGGAAAGGAGAGGGGAAGCCCAUGACUCCUAUGGGCAGGGAGAAUAUGCGGCCGCUCGCUACAAAGCGGUCUAACCUCGUUCAUGAUGGUACGUCCUAA